UGAGCCGUUUUCAUCACCCUCAUCUUCAUCACAGGUGCCAAAUCUGUAACUCGCACACCUCUAUUGUCUUCAUAUUGUUAUUGUUGCUCCAAAACAAGCUCAAAUAGCUUGAACUUCUGAACCGGAAAACUUGCUUCUGGAAAGCCGCUUUCUGAAACGAGUGGAUACUGGAUAGUUCAUCUAAUCUUCAGGCCUAAAAGCAGAGAAGAUGUCCUUCCUCCUGCAGCAGAUGUUGGGGGACAAACUGAAGAACAUGACAGGAGGAGGAAACACUGAUGGAGAGGAGAAAGAGGGCGGAAAAGAGACGGCGGCGUCCAAAGGAAUGAGCAGGGAAGAGUUCGAGGAGUAUCAGAAACAACUGAUCGAGGAGAAAAUCUCCAGGGACCAGGAGUUUGCCACAAAAAAAGCCGAGCGAGCAAACUUACGAGUGCUGAUGCGUGACAAAUACAGAAUACCUCAGAGUGCUCAAGAUGAAGCCACCGUCCAGAUGGCCGGAGACGACCUGGACAUUCCCGAGGAGCUGGCAAAGAUGGUGGAUGAAGACGAGGAACAGGAAGAGAUGAACGAUUCUUUUCUAGGAAAACUCCAGAACAUGGACGUGGACUUUGAUUCGAUCAAAGCCAAAGCUCAGAGCACGAUGACGGAGGUCAAACAGGCAGCGGAAGACAAAUGUGUCAUGAUGUGAUUAUUCGGUUAAACAAACCAACACGUAUGGAUUUAAAAAAAUAUAUUUUUAAUGAUAAAGGAAUAUUUUACUCAAAUGAAAAUUCUGUCCUCAUUUAUUCACCUUCAACCUGUAAUAUGACUUAUAAAUCUUAUUCUGAACAACAUUUGUAACAUACAGUUAUGCAAUGACAAAAAGGUGACUGAAUUUUCAUUUUCGAGUGAACUGUCCCUUUAAGAGGGUAAUAGUGCAAUAUACUAUAGAGGUUACAAGGCUUUCUACAUGCUUCAGCCAAGCAGGACAUUCUGGAUUAACAUCGUCUGCUAAUCAGACAACUUAUAUCAGAGGAAAAUAAACUAACAAAUAUGAAUGUUGUCUAAACUGAACUCUAAAAUCUGACUGAACUAGAAUCAUGUCCUACCUGGAUGAACCAUGCAAAGCAAUGCAAAGCUGUGGAUAUCUGCUCUUUUUCUGAAAAACAAUAAGCAUCAGUGGACAUGUUAAAAUAAUGUUGCUUCAUCUGAAGUAGUUUGCACUAAUGAAACACUAGAAUUAAGAGUCAUGUGAAAAUGUGAUCAUUUAAAUAAUAUAUAAUUUUUUUCCCCACAUUACAUUACUGAGAAGUUGCAUAACAAAUGUGCUUAACUUUCAAUAAAAUAAUGGAAAAAUGCAAUGCAAAAAAUAUGUUUUUAAAAUUUUGUUUCUUGUAAGAAAUCAUCCGGCUAUUUAUUGAUGGGUCCACAAUUGGUUUGGGAAUUGUUUUACAUAUUUUUUUUAAUUAAAUGGCUUCAUUGUUUCUUUCUUUAUGUUUUUAGUCAGCAUUACAUUUCCAGAUUAAUUUAAUAUGCUUUACUGUAUUAUUCUAUUGUCAGCAUGA